AUGACACUGGUGUAUAUUAUACUGUACAGUGAAUCCUCGCUAACUGCAUGCUCGAUUUGUGCAUAUUCUCGAUAUCUGCAUGCGUUCGUCAGCUACCAGCUGCGGAGUCGCGAAUCCAGCUUGCAUAUGACACUGGACUGCAUACCGCAUAACUGCAUCAAGAAAGUGAUCCUUAAUCAUAUCGAACCCUCAUACAGAGGCAACCUAUGAAACAAAUAAAAACGUAUGACAACAAA